GUAUGAUCGAGUCCUAUGGGUGCAUGUGUGCGGCCGCGUUCUACAAUUAUUAUAAGCAAAAUCCGGAGGAGGGUAUGUAUCUAGUUUACGUCUCUGCAGCAGGCGAGUCGGUGAAAAUGUCGUCGGAGAUAGAGGGAGUAGUCGCUAAGUACCCUGAUCUAUUUGAAGAGCCAAAAAGGGUUGUUGAAAGGGAGGCUGUCCACGCGAUAGAGAUUAUCCCAGGGUCUAGCAUACUGAAGGGUAGGAUCUAUCGGAUGUCUCCAGGCGAGUGUAAUGAGGUUCGCCGACAACUCAAGGAAGUCGUAGAGAAGGGUUGGAUCCGGCUGAGUGUCUCCCCUUACGGAUCGCCAGUUCUAUUUGUACCAAAGAAGGGGGGAACUUUGAGGAUGUGCAUUGACUAUAGGGGCCUCAAUUCCAUCACCGUCAAGAACAGAGAGCCCCUACCGCGCAUCAAUGACUUGUUGGACCGAGUGCAAGGGUGUCGGUACUUCAGUAAGAUAUAUUUGAAGUUCGGGUACCAUAAGAUUGUGAUACGGCCUGAGGAUCAAUACAAAACCGCUUUUCAUACCAGGUUUGUCAUCAUGUACCUUGAUGAUAUACUUAUCUUUAGUAGGACUGUCGAGGAGCACGUUGGUCAUUUAGGCAAAGUCCUUAGUCUCCUUCAGCAACGCAAGUUUAAGGAGAAGUGCGAGUUUGGCCGCACCCGUAUCUUGUACUUGGGUCAUGAGAUUUCCGCAGAGGGAUUGAAGCCUGAUGAUGCGAAGAUGGCCAGCAUUCGUGAUUGGACGCGUCCUCAGUCUCUGACUAAGAUGAGGUCCUUCUUAAGGAUGACCGGCUACUAUCGCAAUUUUGUGAAAAACUAUAGCAUAGUUGCCGCCCCUUUUACGAACGUGACUCGCCUUGACACCCCAUGGGAGUGGACAGACAAGUGUGAGGCAGCCUUCAAACAUCUGAAGCAUGCUUUGACACACCAUGAGGUUUUGAAACUUCCUGAUUCUGACAAGCCGUUUAUAGUAACCACGGUCGAAAAUCAAUAUGGCAUAGGCGUCGUGCGUGCGCAGCAAGAGGGGCAAAAGUUGAGGUCUGUCGAGUACAUGUCCAAAAAAAUGCGCUCUCAUAAGUUUGCUAAGUCCACCUAUGAGAAAGAGCUUUAUGCGAUUUACAAAGCGCUAACCCACUGCCGACACUACCUCCUUGGGAGGUUCUUCUACGUCAGGACUGAUCAUCAGACCCUGAAGUGGAUGAGAACCCAGUAUGUGCUUUCUGAUGCGCUGAAACGCUGGAUCGAAGUCAUUGAGCAAUAUGACUUCGAGCACCAAUACUUUAAAGGAGAGUACAACAAAGUUGGUGAUGCACUGUCGCGUAGGCCGGACUUUCUCGGUGCGCUGAUUACUGAGUUUGGGCUUGCGGACGAUGUUACUCGCUCUUUGGUGGAAGCGUAUCGCGAGGAUCCGUUUAUGGUUGAGAUCAUACGCAGACUCGAGGCAAAGGACAAAGCGACUUCAGCCGAGUUUGAGUUGGUCAACGGCCUGCUGUUCGUUGAGAAGGCCAGGAAUAAACCCCAAAAUGCCCAGGCUAAACCUGCAAUGGAAUCCAGGUUUGGAGAUGCCCAAUGGCAGGCAGGCGACUAUUGGUUCACUAUUGCGAAGGAGGUUCUUCCCGCGUCCAUGUCCCUCUAUGACACAGCUUUUGUGUUUGCCUCCAUGGCUGCCGCCAUGCAUGACAGCUUCAUUGUUACGAUCUUCGCGAAGUAUUCUUUCCUUUUCUGGAGACCGCAGACGGCCAUCAGGCAAGGUGACUCUGAGAAUGUUGCAGAUCCAUCAUGGACAGCACUGGAACUGUCGAGCGAGCCAGAUUACCCGAGUGCUACCGUCUGUCAGGCUCAAGCUGGAGUGUACGCGCUGGAAAACUACCUCGGGACAAACUCUGUCGUAUUUUCCGUCACGAAUGAUCUGAAUGAGACCCGUGCGUUCAAUUCGCUUAAUGCCUACGUCAAUGCUGUUAUCGAGUACAGGUGCGCCAUGGAUUUCUCUUUCAGCUUGUACGAUGCCCGCACUUUGUGCGCAAAAAUAUCCGAGGACGUACACAUCGAGCUGAGCAAGCAGUACUUGAGCCAAGGAGUAGCAGACCGAAAUUAUGUUGAUGUCAUCAAGUUAUAUGGGAAAGAGAUAUUUGGAAGCAAGCUAGUCCAGCCGGCCGCCAUGGGCAGUUCAAGGAUAAACGAGGAGUCCGACUCAAAGAUGAGAAAAGCUGCUACAGAAAUGAGAGGAGGAAGAGGCCAAAAACGGAAAAGGGAAUUGCCGAACGGUAAAUUUACGGAUUUUGAUUUGGACCAACGCAGGGCCUGGUUCAGGCAGAAAGGGUAAACCUUAAAGCCAGCUGGCCCAGCUACAAAUGAAAGAGCACCCGGUCU